AAUAGGCCUGAUGAGCAAGUGAGGGGGCGUUCCUUGUCUCGAAGCAGCAGUCCGCUGAAAAGCUGUGCACGGAACAUGCAGGAUCAGAUGAACCAGAAGCAUGAGCAAACCGACCUGCUGCAAAUGCUGGGAAGCGCCAGUCCCAAUCAGUUCCUAGAGCUGAUCGUGCUAAUCCAGGUGAGCAAUGCUCAUUUCAACCAGCGACGCUCCAACAUCGCCACCGGGUUUCGGGAGAAGCUCUACGAGCUGGUCGGGCAUUCACGCCUCUCGAGCACGGCUCACCGGGCCGACGUCCCGGCUAGAGUGGCAGCACUUGCCGAGCUUGCGGCGAGCAAAACGUGGCUGCGUGGCGGAUGAAACUCCGACUCCGUGACCAACGACUACAAAGCGACGUCAUCUACAAGGCCGCU